AUGUGGGUCAUCUCACUCUACUUCUUUCUGGCCCCCAUCCCCUCUAUCCUAGCGCAGGAUCUCCCCGCCGGGCUGGCCGGAUGCACUGAGGUCGACUGCCCCAACGACGGCUGGGACUCUUGCACGGUUGCAGACGAGACCUACGCUGGCAUCGGGCUGUCAGGAAUUACAGACGUCCCCGACUCCCUCGAUGGCAUUUCCCUGGUGAAGGGAGUGCACAUCGAGGACAGCGAGGAUAAAGGCGACACCCACAACGGCGCAGACAAGACCCGGCCAUUCCGGUCAGUAUACUAUCUUGGGACACCUGCCAGUGUAGACGCGGACGACCUCUCUGGCUGCGCUGUGGUCUUCAACGAUCCUCCCACCGGCCACUUCCAUCAACCCCUUAUCAACGACAGCGUCAAUGUCGACACGCGCGCUGCCUACGGGACCUGUCCGGACGUGAUCAAACAGGACUGCAUCGACAAGCUCACCGAGCAGGCUCGCAACACCAAGUACAACGGAGCCAGUCCAUGCUCUACACUCCAGUCGGCCCUGCACGACAACCCUCCGGACGAAUGCAGCGACCUGACAGGCGGCGGCGACGGACUGGGCAAAUUCGAUGUUGUCUCGCUGGGCAACUUGUCGACCAUCUCCAAGUCGGACAACGCCUCCUCCAACUGCUGGCCUGUCCUGCCCAAGUCAAACAACCUGGCCCAGCUUGCCGAUAACACCGCAAUGGGGAACUACACGAAUAAAGGCCUCCUCGCCGAGAUGUACAAGAUUACACCCGUCCUCACGGUCUUCACGUCAGGCAACAACAGCAAUAGUCUCGUAAACAAAACCUCGGCAUCCCUCACCUGCCUUAAAGUUGUGACGACUGCGAACAUCGACAACGGGUCUGAUACUGACACUGAUACUGAUACUGGAGCCGCUGCGGUGUCGACAGCAAGUAUAGUUGCGGUUACCCUCGGGGCGCUUGCUACUGCUGUGUUUGCAUUGCUUUAG